AGCUACCUAGUAGGGUUUUUUCUUGGCCUUUCGUAUGGCUUGGCGGAGCGGCGAUGAGCGGAAGAAGAUGGUGAAGAGAAUGAUGGGCACGCUGCACAAGCAAUUCCACGCGCCAGGCGGCAUAAACGAGCUCUUCCAGAUCGCGUCCCGCCUCGAGGACGCGGUGUACAAGACCGCCACGGAUGAGCAAGACUAUCAUAGGAAGAUAACCGCGGAGCUGGUCGCGAAGAACACGACCAGCGAUCGCGCUCAGGUGGCGCCUGGGAGCUCGUCACUCGUGGCUCAGCAGGCUCAACAUCAAAACCAAAUCAUGCAGCAGCAGCAGCAGUUGUUACAAAUGAGACAAGCCCAAGCUCAAGUUGCUCAAAGUUCUAGUAACAGCACCAUGCAAGCGCAGCAAGUGAGCGUCACGCAAAACCCAGCCGCCAUGAGGAUGAUGCAAGCUCGUCAACAGCAACAACAGCAGCUCUACCGGAUGAAUCCACAGCAGGGUCUGCAACAGGCCGCGAGCCUUUUGCAGCAGCAGCAGCAUCUAACUGGACUCUCCAGCCAGCAUCAAGCAGCGUCCAUGCUGCCGCCGGGUGCUCAAUCUUUCCAGCAGCAGCAGCUACAAAUGCUUCAACACCAGCAGCAAAGUCUGCCUCUCGGGAUGAAAAUAAAAGCCGAAACUCCCUCAGCUUCGCUUGAUCCAACCAUCGACGAGCAAGAGGCGGCAUGGAACAAGCUUCAAAUCUUGAAGGACAAGCAUUUGCCACACUUCCAACAAGUGUGGGAUAAGCUUUGUGUACGGAAACGGUCACUACCCGCAGAUCAGCUACCAAAGCUAGAUUAUUACAUGAACUACAUACUCAAGUUCAUUAGAGUCUUAUCUCUGUCGAGAGACAACCCUCCAAAGAAGUUUGGACUAGAAAUGGUGGACAACUGCGAGAAGCAAAUUCUGCAUACACUGAAAAAAAAUCUCCCGCAGCAGCAGCAGCAGCAGCAGCCGCCUGCUACAAAUCCGGGGCAAAAUGCUGGACCACAUGCCAUGCACACGUCGAAUCAGCAGCAGCAAGCGUCCCAACUCUUCCAGCAGCAGCAGCAACAGCAGCUGAAAAUGCUGGAGGAUUCAAAGAUGGGCAUUCGGGGAAUGGUGGAUGCGAAGCGGCACAGAGCUCGAUCAGCUCAGCCGGUUCCAUCUCCUCAGACCUUUCAAGCGUCGUCUCCUCACAACGUCAAAGUUGGCUCGCCGGUGACACCACCGCAUAUGACUCUUCCACCGAUCGAGGAGGACGACUCCGACAGCAAGGCUGCGAUCCAGUCGACCGCACCUCCACUCGUACUCUCGCCGGGCAUCUCAGCGUCACCUUUCUUGGACUUGUCUGCAAGUCCUGCGCAAGCUGCUGAUCCGGCUGGUCCCGAUCCUUUGGAGAGGCUUCUCAAGAUCGUGAGAACGAUGUCUCCGAAAGCUCUCAGCGCGGGCGCGAGGGAAAUGGCAUCGAUCGUGUAUCUGUCCGACAGGCUCGCCGCCACGGGACCGGGUCCUGGAUGUACAGCUGCUGUUGGAGAGGAUUUGGCAGCCAUGACAAACAGCCGGGAACGAGCUAGAGCCUUGGCAUCAACUCGAGGGAAGCCAAACUCUAAGCGUCCGCUUGAUUCCCUUGCGCUGACAGUAAUCUCCCCGGAUGGAAGUGUUUCCAACAGCCUCGACGGUGGUGGUGAGGCCGAUCUCGAGUCGCCCGAGGUCAUAUCCGGCUGGAAGCGUCAAAAGCUCGAGAUAAGUUACGUCCUGGAGCAAGAGAUCCGCGACACGAAUGACCAUCUCAUCGACACCGUGGUGGAUAUCAGUGAAGACGGGAGCGAGGAAGCAGCAUCCGAAGGCAAGAAAGGACUUGUUCUCACCUUCACUUACAUUCCAGACAUGGCCGUUUUGCCACCGCUGCGAGUGUUCGUCCCCCCGACGUAUCCAGAAGCUCCGCUGUUUAUGUCGGACCAUCUCGAUCCAAACUCCAACCACUCGCUCUUAGCGGUGGCUAGAGAGGCGCUCACCAGGGCAUUGGAUUAUAGUCGGCCUGUCACCGUCCGAGCCAUGGCUAGAGCGUGGGACGAAUGCGCUCGAAAGGCCGUCUCGGCAGUUUCUGGCGAGAGCGACCGUGAUUCCAUCUUGAGCAGCACUGGGACUUGGAUAGACUGCGCGGCAACCUGAUAGGCUUGAGCAUGCAAAACUUUGCGAGGCACUGGCAACGCAAAGUUACAUAAUCGCCUUCUCCAAAGGUCUACCACCUCGUCCAUGGUUGCUUCACGGUCUCGACCUCUACUCGCAAGUUCCAGCAAGCUUGGACAUGGCGGAGAAGCCAAGAUCUCCGCAAUGGUGGCAUGGAAGGGAGAAGCAUUAAUGACAAACAUUCUUCCACCUUGAAUUCCAUCGCCACCCUGAAGUUUUUUAAGUCUCUGGUUUUUUUUAAGUCCCUGGAA